ACUGUACGUUUGUAGGUAAGGGGGGAGUCCGCGAGCAACUAAGCUGAUUACCACUAAUAACCGCUAUUUAUAGAAUCGAGCCAGCACUUCACUCAUGGAUUAACGCAGAGACCCACGCUGUUGGAACUUUGGAACAUUUAAAACCAGACAAUGGAGUUCGGGAAUAUAUUUCUAAAUUUGAUGUUGAUGCUUCUGUGUAAUUUUGGAUGUGUAACAAAAGCUGUGCCCAUAAAACUUUUAUUUCCAUUCGGUGAACAACGCGGAGAUAAUUUACUGGACGCCGGGGAUGAUAUUAGUUCGGACGAAAUACCUCUUACUGUGCCGAUUGUGUUCUACGACAAAACAUACUUCAGCGUAUAUGUAAACAACAAUGGACAUUUAUCAUUUGAAUCCGAGCUGCCAGUAUAUCAGGCAAACUUUGUACUGCCAAGUCGGUUUAAGUUGAUAGCAGCAUUCCUGGCAGACAUAGACACAACAUUCGCUGGAUCAGUGUAUUACAGAGAAUCUACAGAGACAGCAUUACUGGAAAAGGCAGCUCAAGAUAUCCAGGCUCAGUUUGAUGGUUUUGAAACAUACAUCCCUCGCUCCCUUUUUAUAGUUACAUGGGACAAUGUCGGCUUCUAUAGGACCAAUGACACUAUGUUAAACACUUUCCAAAUUGUGAUUGCUACUGAUGGUGAGAGUUCCUUUGCUUGUUUUUACUAUUUGGAUGAUGGGAUAAACUGGAUUCAGAGUUCUGGGAAACUGUUCCCCACACGGAGUGAUCCUCCUGCUCAGGCAGGAUUUGACUCUGGGGAAGGACGUGUCCAUACCAAACUACCCUACUCAGGCACAGAGGAAGUAACAAGACUAGCUCAAGAAUCAAAUGUCGGUGUAGCAGGAGUGUGGAUGUACAAGAUUGGUAACACACUAGGAGAAGAUAUCCGUGGACCAGAAGAGGAUGAUGGUGAUGUGGUAAUCUUUGAUCCAGAUACAGCUUCCCAGAUCUGCCAAAGGGAGGGUACCCAUCCGCAGUGUCAUAGCAGUGCCCGCUGUCUUGACUUUGCUUUUGGUAUCUGUUGUGCUUGUAUUCCACCCAGUUAUGGCAAUGGACGUAACUGUCUUACAUUUGAGGCACCCCAGCGACUAAAUGGCAAGGUGUAUGGAACCCUAAAUGGUGUCUCUAUUGACAACCUGGACAUGCAUGCCUAUGUAGUGACAUCUGACGGCCGUGCCUACACUGCAAUCAGUCAAGUUUCACCAGAGCUGGGAACCCUCAUGCUCACACUGAACACCAUCGGUGGAAUAAUUGGCUGGAUGUUUGCCCUCCCCAACGGUCCCCUGGCUCGCAAUGGAUUUAUGAUCACAGGUGGAGAAUUUAACAGAACAGCAGUCAUCUCCUACCAGAGUGGAGAGGUAGUCACACUACGUCAGAGGUUCUUUGGUCAAGAUACCCUGGACCAAACUGGACUUGAAACACAAAUCAGCGGUGUUGUCCCAGAGGUGGUUAAUGGUGGCAAAGUGACUGUCGGGGACUACAAGGAGGAGUAUGUACAUGCUGGCCGUGGUGUAAUCACCUCCUACUCAACACGGACCUAUCUCGUGGAUGGUGUAUCGUACCAGUACACAUGGAAUCAGACUAUCAUGUUUAACGAAUGUAUCUAUGACCCUGAACCACAGCGAGACACCAUGAGGCUCAGCAGCAAGCGUAACCGAGUCAUCUAUGACAACCUCAAUGAAAUUCUGCGAUAUGCUAUGACAAACCAGAUAGCUGCACUAACAGAUUCUGAUCCAUGCCGAGAUGCUGCAGAGGUUUGUGGGCAGUACUCAGAGUGUACCCCUGAUGGAUCAUCCUUUAUCUGUUCUUGUCUAUCUGGAUUCCAAGAUGAUGGAGGAUCAUGUCAAGAUAUUAAUGAGUGCAUUGUAUACAAUGAUCUCUGUGAUGCGAAUGCUCGCUGUUACAAUGUACCUGGGAGUUUCCAAUGUCAGUGCUUACCUGGUUACCGUGGAGAUGGACGAACCUGUACACGUGAAGUCCAGCGAUGUGGAGAUGAUAUUUGUCAUGAGAACGGCCGCUGUGUGUACAACAGUGAUUUAGGCAAGCCAAUGUGUGAGUGUCGUCAGGGGUUCCGUGGGGAUGGAGUCAACUACUGUUCAGCUGAAUUCAACUGUAAUGAAGUAGAUGUGUGUCAUCAGGACGCUGAGUGUGUUUACAAUGAUCAGGAGGACAAGUAUAUCUGUGAAUGUAAUGAAGGAUACAGCGGUGAUGGCACAGUGUGUGAACGGUAUGGAAUAGAUUCUGAUUGCAGUCUGUGUAGUGACGAUGCACAGUGUUUGUUUGACCCUAGCCGACUGGUACGGUAUUGUCAAUGUAACCAGGGAUACUCUGGAGACGGCCAGACCUGUACGCCGAUCACUGUACCAGACCAGUGUGCGGACUGCCACCAGAAUGCCCGAUGUGUGUAUGACGAUGUGGCUCGUCAGUACACCUGUCAGUGUUCCCCUGGUUACUCAGGUGAUGGUUUUUAUUGUGCUCCGUUGGAUUGCCGUACCCAGCAGAACUGUCACAUGUAUGCAGACUGUGUUAACGAUACAAUCUUUGGAGGAUUUAGAUGUCUGUGUAGAUAUGGUUACACAGGUGAUGGAAUUGUAUGCCAACCAGACGACUGUAGUGUGACAAGGAAUUGUGAUUAUAAUGCCCAGUGUGUUCCUGAUCCACGUGUUGAUAAUCGCUACGUGUGUCGUUGUAAUCCUGGAUAUGAUGGUGACGGCCUGAUGUGCAGACAGAGAGUGACUCCCUGCAAUCAGGUGUUUAACUGUGGUGAGAAUGCUGAGUGUGUUUACAGUCCAGAUGAGAUGUCCUACAGGUGUCGCUGCUCCUCUGGUUAUGAAGGCAACGGCCAAAUAUGCAGACCACGAGGAAACAACUGUAGGAGGGACCCCCGCAUCUGUGAUCCAAAUGCUGCCUGUGUUCUCAAUGUUGACACCUUCAUUUGUGUAUGUAAUGAAAACUUCCGGGGAGAUGGACUUCGCUGUAUUGCAAUGGAUGAUGACAACAAUUACUUACUCUUCUCCCGUGGCUACUCCAUACACCAGAUGCCCUAUAUGCCUAAUGAGGAUGAUAAGGGGAAAAGAGUCCUCUAUAUUCCAGGUCAGCUAGCCAUAGGAAUUGACUCAGACUGUGAGGAUAGAACCAUGUACUGGACAGACAUCAGUAAUGGACAAAUACAUCGUGCUAACCUGGAUGGAACAGAAUCAACCCCUGUUAUAACAGAUUUGAGCUCACCAGAGGGCGUGGCAGUAGACUGGCUGUCAAGAAACCUGUAUUGGACAGAUUCUGGACUGGAUGUUAUCUCUGCCUCCAGACUAGAUGGGACCUACAAAAAGGCUGUCAUCCAGGGAAACCUAGUAAACCCAAGGGCCAUUGUCCUUGACCCAUCUAAAGGAAUGAUGUACUGGGCAGACUGGGACCGGGCCGGAGCUAAGAUUGAAAUGGCCUAUAUGGAUGGUGAAGACAGGAAGGUUUUGGUGGAGUCAGAUCUUGGCUUACCUAAUGGUCUAACCAUAGACUUCCACACACAACAGGUCUGCUGGGGAGAUGCAGGUGUAAGAAAGAUAGAAUGUAUACGUUCAGAUGGUGUAGGAAGAAAGACCCUUGUAGAUAAUGCUGCUUAUCCAUUUGAUCUGGCACUGGUCAGUAACAACAUUUACUGGUCAGACUGGACAGUUCCUGGUGUACUGAAGGUUAGUCAUAGUGGAGGAGAGGUGGGUGAUCCACUUGAUCUACCCGUCGGAGGGAACGGGAAGCUGUAUGGUAUUACAGCUGUCAGAGCCACAUGUCCACGAGCCAUUAAUGCCUGUGCCAGAGACAAUGGUGGCUGUAAAUACUUAUGUCUGCCAACACCAAAUGGAGGACGAACCUGUGGUUGUCCAGACGAUGUUGAUCCUGCAGACUGUAAUCUUGUGGCUUGAAACAACAUGUAGAAGAAAAAUGAAGUGGAGGGCCAGGAGUGUGAGAUGAGGGGACUGGUUCUACACUCCUGUACAGCAGAAGUUGAGAGAGAAGGGAGGAUGGAACCCUUGUCAAGGACAUAUACAAAAUUCUGUUAUGCUUCUGAAUAUUUCCUUUAUUUUAUAUCAUAAUUGCCUUACCAUAUCUUCAUAUUUUAAAUUUGUUCAACAACAACUAACAAAACAUACUUAUGUACAAAUGCAUCAGAAAAUUGAAAUAAGCAUUUAUUUUUUAAAGAAUUUGUUUAUGAUUUAAACAAAACGCAAGUUUAAUCCCGCUAGUGUUUUUAAAAAACCACCAUAUUUUAUAUUGAGCUUGAUGUAUAGUGUUGCUUCUUUUUUAUGCUUUAUUUAAUCAUAAAAAAGGCACUAUUGUGCUGAUUUCCUUCCUGAUCAAAAUAUCAUUUCAUGUCCACCAGUGUGUCUCCAUAUAAAAACCUGUUACUUUCUAGCAAAUUAAUGUGUCCAGAUUAUCUCUCUCCUCAGAUCUGUAAUCAGAAGGUUCAUGGAGACAAGUGUAGGACAGGUCCUGCCCAGUUGAUGUUACUGUAUCAUUAUAGAUAUUUUUGUAAGUUUGUAGUCGUGUUUACUAAAGUGCAUUGUACAUGAUGUAUAAACCCACUGCUGUGCCAUUAAUAGGUUAGCCAGUUUUAGUCUAUAUUUUUAUGUAGAUUGUUGGUUUGGAAAUCAAUAGUCAAGUUAUACCGGUAAUUUAGUAGGAGUAAUGAUAAACUAAGAGGCAUUUGUUUUACUUACUUUUUUUUACAUGUGCAAUGUGAAUUAGUAAAGUUUUUUUUUUAUAUUUUAGAGAUAUUUGAUGUUGUGUGUAUAUUUAUGGGUAAGUCAGUUGAAAUUGUAAUGAUGAUUAAUUUGAUUCAGCAUCUGUAGUCAGUGAUGUUGUUCUCUACCCCAAUGUUGCCUGUCAAACGGUGUUGUGAUUAUGUAAAUACUACAACUUGUAGACUUUAUCAGAAAAGAUUCCAUGUUUGAUGCCAAGAUGAUUUUGGAAUUUGUUUCAUUUUACUUUGGCAGACAAUAAAAAAAAAAAUAGAAUUAGAACCAAAUGUUAUUUUCCUGUACAAAAUGAAAUGAUUUUCCUACCAACAAGGAAAUAGGUGUCCCACAUUCUAGUGAUGGUGCUGUGUUCAAAUGUAUUAUUCCUUGAGCUUAAUCAUGUCACAUUUUCACAUUUUUAAAUUUUCACAUUUUUACCAGUUUAAAAUUGAUAUCAAGAUGACGGUAUGGAAAACAAAAAUGAAACAUGGAAUAUUGAUUAAAACCUUGUGCCAUUGUUUAGCUUAAGCAUUAUUUUUACAUGCCCUUUGAAGUAAUAUUUUGAGUGUUGAAACUGACCAGUAUUAUAUGGAUGAAAACAUUUACUACUCUUGUAAAAAUGAUUGUUUAAUUCGUUUCUAGAAUGUUGAUGUCUUUUACUACUUGCUCUCAAAAUUGCUCAAGUCAACCAUCAAGUGCAUUUAAAGAGUUUAUUUCCUGAAAACAUUUUAUCUCCCAGAAUUUUUUAUAUUAAAUUCACAAUUUAAGACGCUGCUAUAAAGCAGUUCUGAUCCUUUGAUUGAAACUAUGAUGUGCAUCAUGUUUCUAGGUAUUUCAUAUUUGGAUAAUAAACAUUAGACAAGA